ACAAGUUUUCCGCUGAAAAUAAGUUGUUGAAGUCAAUUUAAUUUAAUUUUAUCAAAUUAGUUUGGUCGUCAACAAGGAAAUGGUUAUUCAAUGUAACUAUUUACAUCUCACGGGGAAGCUUCACAUUCAUCAGUUGAGAUUCUGUCCCCGAAACGCGUACCUCGUCGUGAUGUCUAAAUUGUUUCAAACUUUCGUGUGCUUGCACGCUGCCCAGUUUCUGGUAGCAGCCCCCACCGAGCAUCCGCUGGUACCUUCGCUGGCCGGGCUGCUCCAGGUUGGUCUCAAGGUGCACGAAAUGGCCGAACAGGCCCACAUGAGCGUGCGAAAAGUGCUGGGCCAGGGCCAAGGCUCGAACCGGGACGUGAUCCGGGCGAUCAAAGGCAGCACAGACGAGCUGGUGGAGAAGCUAAAGGUGAUUCAGGGCACGAUCAAGGAGCAGGCCACGGCGCAGGGCGAACCGGUGCUGCGCAGUCUGACGGAUAAGCUGGUGCAAACGGCGGACGCCCUGAGCAGUGAGGAUCCGGAGACGGCGGGGAAGGCGCGGGAGUAUCUGGAGAGUGUGCAGGCUGGUGUUUUUUCGUUGCUGGCGGCGGCGAUGAAGGUGGGCGAUCGGGUGGACCAGGAGAAGGAUUCUGCCGCGGAGGAAAUUAAGGACGGGUUGACGAAGCUGUACCUGGUGACGAACGAUACGCUGCGGAAGACCAGCGAGGCACUGGGACCGAAGGAGUAGCGGGUUGGUUGGUUGGUUGGGCAGCCAUGCGACUCCAUGGAGGAGAUGCGUAGUUGAUUUUUUUACUAGUACGUAAUACUUGAUCUGAAGGGCUGAAUAAACAAAGGGAAUCCCUAAACGGAAUUCAAAUUAUCAUCUUCUGCUUUCGAUUUCAUUUCCUACCAUGAGCACGCAAGUCACGUUGCAGCACCCGAAAGAGGAGAAAGAGGGAAAAAUCAAUUCAAAAUAAGUGUUUGCUUUUUCCGACUCCGAACGAUCGCCGGAAU